AUGCCACAUCAACCCUCCAACAACGAGGAUUCCCCUCUUCUCCAUGAUAGCACCGGACCUAUUCACAACGCGGAGAGCACCCAUAAUGUGGACGACAAAAUGAAUACACCUCUCAUCUUCAAAAUAUCCGCAGCAAUGUACUCAUUCGUCACCCUCGGCCUUUUCAACUCCUCUAUUGGCGCCGUCCUCCCCCUCCUCUCCCACCACUACUCCCUCACUGAUCUCCAAGUAUCCUCCAUCUUCCUCGCCGGACCCAUCGGCUACGUGCUUGCAGCCCAAUGUAGUGACACUGUCCACUUCCGCUUUGGCCAACGAGGGAUCGCAAUUGCGGGGCCGCUUCUACAGAUCUUGGCCACCGCGACUGCGGCAAGUCAUCCACGAUUUGGAGUGCUUCUGGUUGCGUUCAUGUUCCAGGGGUUGGGAACGGGGCUUUUGGAUGGGAGUUGGUGUGCGUGGGCUGGGAGUAUGGAAAAGGCGAAUACGGUUUCGGGGUUGCUACAUGGAUCUUAUUCUGUGGGUGGGGCGAUGGGGCCGUUUGUUGUUACUCUCUUGACUACUAGGCAUUUUCCGUGGUGGACUUGGUACUCUAUCUUGGCUGGAGCAUGUGCUCUCUCUUUCUUGGUUCUGGUCACUGCAUUUCGCAACGAAACUUCAUCCGUCUAUCGCGAGAGCAAGCAAUCAAAAACCAACGAUCCUAACAUCGACGUCAAAGCCGUGUUCAAAUACCGCGCUACCUGGUUCUGCGCAGCAUACUUCCUCACCUACGUUGGCAUUGAAACAGCAAUUUCAGGCUGGAUCGUGUCAUUCAUGCUGCGUAGCCGUCACGCGACCGCCUACGUCGCUGGCUUGUCUUCCUCUGGAUAUUGGAUCGGCAUGGCUGUUGGAAGACUGACCUUGGGUUUCGCUACAGAUAGGAUGGGAGUACGACGCGCGACUGGCCUGUACUUUGUUGUCGCUAUCGGUAUAGAUGUACUCUUCGCUGCGCUGUCGUCUCCGGCCGCGUCUGUAGCUUUGAUGACGAUGCUGGGGUUUAUCAUGGGUCCGAUGUUUCCGUCCGGUGUUGUUAUGCUUACACGGCUGCUGCCGGCGGAAUUACAUGUUGCGGCUGUUUCUUUCGUGGCAUCUUUGGGUCAGGUUGGAGCUGCUCUUUCCCCGUUUGCUAUCGGUGCUGUUAUUCAGGGCUUGGGCGUUGGCGUUUUCCGUUUUGCUGUCCUAGCUGAGACUGUGUUGGCGUUGUUGGUAUGGAUUGCUUUUGCGAGACUGCGUCCGGCUCUACGAGCUGUGUCUACCACGCGCCAGGACUGA